AUCAUCAUAAACCCAGAGUCAGCCUUUCCUAAACCCUAAAUUCAUUUCCCCUCUUUCAAUGGGCAGCAACCAAGCAGUUGUAUCCUUCCUAACCAAUGUUGCCCGCGCCGCUUUCGGUUUAGGCGCGGCAGCCACCGCCGUCAACGCCUCCAUUUACACAGUCGAUGGCGGCCAACGGGCAGUGCUCUUCGACAGGUUUCGCGGAGUUAUCGACACUACAAUCGGCGAAGGCACCCAUUUCUUGAUCCCAUGGCUUCAAAAGCCUUUUAUCUUCGAUAUCCGUACACGGCCUCACACUUUCUCCUCCGUUUCCGGUACUAAGGAUCUUCAGAUGGUUAAUCUCACUCUCCGUCUUCUCUCCCGUCCCGAUGUUACGCGGCUGUCGUAUAUAUUCCAAAAUCUUGGUCUGGAAUAUGAUGAGAAGGUGCUGCCCUCGAUUGGAAAUGAGGUUUUGAAGUCUGUGGUUGCGCAGUUCAACGCCGAUCAGCUACUCACAGAACGUCCCCAUGUGUCGGCUCUUGUUCGUGAGUCUCUCAUCAAGCGUGCCAAGGACUUCAACAUUGUGCUCGAUGAUGUGGCGAUCACUCAUUUGUCUUAUGGAGUGGAGUUCUCGAGGGCUGUUGAGCAGAAGCAGGUGGCGCAGCAGGAAGCCGAGAGGUCUAAAUUUGUUGUCAUGAAGGCUGAUCAGGAGAGGAGGGCUGCGGUUAUUAGAGCCGAAGGUGAGAGUGACGCUGCUCAGCUUAUCUCCAAUGCUACCUCAAAGGCGGGUAUGGGGCUUAUUGAGCUUAGGAGGAUUGAGGCAUCAAGGGAAGUUGCUGCUACUUUGGCAAGGUCGCCCAAUGUUGCAUACCUUCCCGGUGGAAACAACAUGCUUCUCGCACUCAAUCCAAGUCGUUGAAUAGGGUUACCAUAUUGUGAAUUGCUGGAAUAGCAUUGGCUUCGUUGCUAAAUUUUUCGACGUUACAAACAUGUCUGGAUCUCUCUAAGAAUCAACAGUUUGGCAUUUAGGAAGUUGUUGAUGUUUAUGUUGAAAGGCAAUAAUUCGAUCUUUGUUUUUAUGUUAGAACUAUGUAUCGAUCAUGCCCUCCGACAAUUGAUUUCAACAGCUGUGGUAGAUAUGCUAAAUGAAUGUUGCUCUUCAUCUUAAGACCAUUUUGUAGUCCAAAAUACUUUGUUUUGCCUGGUGCAAUAAUAUGUCCAUUGACGUUAUGUGAA